GCAAAUAAAUUUCAAAGGGAAAUAAUUCUACCAUGCAAAUUACAUGAGUUACCGUUCUUAGCCGGUUGAUAAUUUACUGCGGGACUUGCUUUACAAAUCCAAACAUCAUGGCGAACAACGGAACCCGUCCUUACGACACAAACACUUCGUCGCAAGAACAAGAUGCUAACUCUGCUUUGAUCGAGUUAGACAAAGGUUUGAGGUCCCAGAAAAUCGGAGAUCAAUGUGAAGCUGUGGUGAGGUUUCCGCGGCUGUUUGAAAAAUAUCCCUUCCCGAUUCUCGUAAAUUCAGCCCUUUUGAAAUUGGCUGAAGUAUUCAGAGCAGGGAGCAAUUUCAUUCGGUUAUGCAUCCUCCGUGUGACACAGCAGGCUGAGAAACACCUGGACAAAGUGCUCAAUGUUGAUGACUUCAUACGGCGCAUAUUUUCUGUUAUACACAGCAAUGAUCCAAUUGCUCGUGCCAUUACAUUGCGAACGCUUGGGAGUGUUGCCAGCAUCAUCACUGAGAAAACUACAGUGCAUCACAGCAUCGUGGUCAGUCUUGACUCCCAUGAUGCAAUUGAAGUGGAUGCAGCAGUCUAUGCUGCCCAGAGAUUUGCAGCUCGCUCCAAAUUGUUCUCAGCAAGUAUCUGUGAUCGCAUUGCACAGAUGAUUGAAAAAGUUGAAACCCCUAUGGAACUAAAACUACAGCUGAUACCAAUUCUGCAGCAUAUGCACCAUGAUGCGGAAACUGCUGCUAAGGCACGAACAGUCUGCCUUCUGUUGUUAAAAAGCUAUCCCGCUAAAAGAUUUGUAAUGCUGACCCUCCACACCAUGUCCAAAUUGGCAAUACAUGCUUUACUGGACAUUACACAGCAAAUCUCUUUAUUAUUAAACUAUCUGGAAAACGACCCCCGUAAGACAGUGAAAAUCAUGGUUUUGAAAGAUCUGCAGAUGUUGGCUUGUAAAACUCCGCAUUUGUGGGUAGCUGAAAAUGUUGAGGUUUUGUGUCGAUUUGUCUUGACUACACCAUUUGUUAGUCUGAAGGAAGGUGUAUUAUACGUGUUGACAGAACUGUCAUCUUCAAUCAGUAUGGACCUGCUCCCUUUCACACUCAAAGACUCUGCUCUGUUGAAAGUGUGCCAGGAAUAUAGCUACCAUGAAAAUGUUUCUUUGGCUGCUAAAACUGUGCAACUGAUGACACAUCUUGCUACUCACUCAGGCUCAAAAGAGCAAAAUAAUAUGGAUCUAAGGGAUGAUGUAAAGGCUGCUGCUCAGACUCUUAUCUUAUUAUCCAGUAUGAACUCCUCCCAGCAAUCUCAGGUGGCUCUCAAGCUGAGUUUAAAAUGUGUAGUGAAAAUGUGCAGCAAGUUUCCUGAACUGUGCAUUGAUUUUGUGGACACCAUGGCUAACUUGUUGCAGUCAAAUCCAGCCCAUUCUCUCUCAGAUGUUCACAUGGCACUGGUCUGUGAUAGUUUGGCGGCUGUUGGUUCCACAAAUAGUGCAGCAUUGGAACCAAUAUUACCAAUCCUGAUGGAUAUUCUCUCUGCUGAGCAAGGAAACUUUAUUGAUCCUUCAGUGAAGGCUCGACUUUGCACAUUACUCUUCCUUAUGGCCCAUGGUGAAAAUCUUCCUGAAAACCUGCAUAACUUGGUUAUGCAAGCAGCUCCACAGGGGGAUGCCUGGCAAGCAUAUCGUGUUGUCCGUCAAGCCAUGCGUUACCAACAAUAUCACAUUGCUGUCAAUCUUCUCUGUUCUAUUAAGAACAAGGUGGCUUCUGAGCAUUUUUACUUUUGGCUGUCGGGGCUCCAUGAUCUAUGUCUUGGUGAUAGCCUGCUGACUGGGGCUCUCAACAAACCACACCAAUGUGACACUGGAACCACAAGCAUCAGCUCUCAAUCAACAAAGAACAAUCUGUCUUCAAUGAUUGGUGAGGCUUUAACUCAUUAUCAGCGAGGCAUUUCCCAACUUCAGGCUGCCACAACACAAAAUUUCCGUCUUCAGUUCCAGAGCGAAUACUGCACCUUGCGCUGUGAGCUUGUCCAGUUACACCAGCACCUGUGUCAAACUUGUUCCACUUUCCAGACAUGUCCUCCUCCUGCAAUAGCCUCUGCCAUGGCGGUCACCAAUUCUCGUGACAUCAGUCGAUGUGGUCCUGUAAUCUCUCAGCUAUUAAAAUGCCAAAACAGCUACAGUAAUUUAAGUCAGAAAUUUUUGGAUCUCUAUCAGUCUUCAUUUGAUGCAGACCCUGCUUCCUUAGCCAAUAUGCAACUAUUAUACACAAGCAGUGAAUUAAUGAAGGCAGUAAUUAACACCAUUCUCACAGGGCAAACAAGGGAAACUCUAACACUAGACAAGGCCAGCAGCUUCUAUGUGAAAUCACCUCAUCUGUGUCCAGUGAGUCGUUGCUUUGCUAAAGUACUUCAGACUAUUGCUCAGAACUUGAACCAGUUGGUUAGCAGUAACAACAACAACAAACUGACACACCAGCACAUAGCAUUCCUGUAUAAUUCCAUCAAGCAGCUAAUUCAGACCUCCAUUGGUUACCCCAGAUAUUUCUUCCAGACAUUACAAACAACACAAGUUAAGCUGGCUAUCUCUCCUCAGCCACACAACUCAACUGACCCAGUGUUGCUACAGCAAGACACACAACUCACACUGAAAGUCGAAGGUGUUGUCCAGCAUGGUAAUCAACCAGACUUCUAUAGGCAAGUGCAUGCUGUCAUGGUCAACGUUACAUCUGUUCUACGCAGUCACAGCCACGGCUCUGCUGCCACACUUGCCGCCAGUGGAAAGAAGAUUCAAGAUGUGCCCCCUGUGAAACUGAGUAAGACCCUGGAACCCCAGAAUGACUACUUCAGCUCCAGUUUCCUUAUUGCCCUGCCAUUGCCAGGAUUCUACAACCUCACAAUCAAGGCUCUGCUUAUUGACACUGAUGGACUUAUUUGGAAGACUGGUCCCCGUAUCACCAUGUCAGUGAAGUGCUUUGAUGACAUCAUGCAACGGCAGCAGGUGAUGAGGAGCAUGUCUUGGACAACCAGUUAGUGUUAGGACUGUCCUCUCUCAAGGCGGCUACGAUAGCAAGGGAGAUAACUGGGUAAUAUAAGGGGACACACUUGAAAAUACUCCAGAUCAGUGAUUGUGAACGUAUGAGGUAUGAUGUGUCAGUAGUUGACACACAAGAAGCUUUGAAAAAUAAUCUCUUGCAAUAUCAUGUUAUAAAAAGCUUACAAGUAAGCUUUUACAUAAAAACCAAGAUACAUGUAUAUGUAUAAGUGACAUUCCAAUAACAGGAUUAUUAAAGGAGUUUUAAUUUCUUUAAAAUUUCAACAUGUUAGGCUAAAAAACUGGUUUGCUGUCACUAUUCUUGAUCAAGAUUUGAAAUGAAACUUGGUUCCGAUCCUGUUUGGACAGAAAGAACUGUUUGCUGGCCAACAACUAAUGUAUGGUUCUAAUAUGGACUUUGUGAUGGACAUAUGUUGCUUUAAGGUCCUGUGUUCUGAUCAGUCUCACUAACAAUACUGCACUAAGUAUUGCCAUAGUUAUCUUAUAUUGCUACUACACUUUGUUAUAGUAGAUUGGAGUUAUUAUACAUGUUGCUCAAACUGACUGAUGAAUGGUACAAUAUGUUUAUUGUGCAAUAGUAGUUGGUACUACAAAUUUUAAUUUGUUGAUAGUGAUAUUACCUAUUUUUUCUUAAUACCUGAAUGGUGGCACCACAUUAUUGUAGUACUAUAAUGUUGAAAGGUAAUGUUAUUGUAGCAAAGUUAGUUAGUUAAUUUUUUGGCUCAAAAAGCAAAAAGCAAGGCCAUGUAGGGGGACAUGGAGUUAUGUACAGGGUGGUGUUCAUGUAAAGUGUUCAGGCCACUUGAGGUCAAGGGAGACUUUGAACUGAGCAGUCGUCGACAUCUUCACCAUCUCGUCUGGCAGCUUAUUCCACGGAUCCGUUAUCACGUUACAUUAACAUAGAUGUUUCAUAAACUUUAACCAACAUUGGAUAGUUGCCACAUGACCUUCCUAUUAACUGUGGGUUCCAUCUGGAGUUAAUACCGUUCCUUGUAUCGAAGUUAUCUAAAGACAGCACACAUCAUUCAAGCUGCCUGCAAACAUGUUAUUUAAAACAUUCCCAGCAAUACCUGGACAGUAUGCUACCCACCGUGAUCGUUUGGUAUUGACAAUGUUUGGCAACACUACUUGUCACUAAGUGUUCACCUAGUAUGCUACAUAAUAUUAAAACUGACCAAGAACUUGUCAUUAAAGUUAACCAUCACUAUUACAUGCUGGUUAAGCUGAUCAAAAGCACAACACACCAAUAGAGCUGUUGAGUAAUAUCACAGCAUGUUUGAGCGCUCAAGUUGAAUCAGAAAAGCAAUCGUGGUUUUACUUUUGAAAUAACUUACUCAGCAAAGAAAUCAAACAAUUUAUUGAAACUAUAGCUAUUUCCCUAAACUUUCAGUUGUCCUGUUUUAUCAUCACUAUCAACAUCUACCAUCACCAUCACCAUCACCAUCAUCAUCAUUGUGUUCAUCCUUAUCACUAUGAUUACUAUAACUGUCUUCGAAUGUUUGUAAACUGUUGUUUUCGUGGUACGCACAUUAUGUGAGAUAAACGAACAAGGUUGACAUGGAUGUUCAUUGAAGCAUGUUCAAUUUUAGUGUCUCACAGUCCUGCAUUAGAAGUUUAAUUCCUUAUAGGGUUGUUGACAUAAAUACCAGUAAUAUAUUGGAAUAUUCACUUGAAACAAAUCUUUAGUUAGACAUACAACAUUGGUGGAAUAACAGAACAUGGAUUAAAGCUACGUGGAUUGACUAUUUUUUGUAUUCCUCUGGGCUGAAGUUGUGAGAUAAGUACCAGUUACAUACUGUGGUCACUUCUUUUGACUAUACUUGACUGUCCUUCUUCUUUAGAUAUUUGUCUAACCAUAUACCAAUGUAAGAAAUCAUUAUACAUAGAUAAUACAGAAUGGAAGUUUUAACACAAGCAUUUAAAGUGUUCAUAUCUGGCUCAUAUAUCCCACCUGUUUUAUGUUUAGACCAGCCAGAUAUGGCCUCUCACACCUACCUACAGUGUCAUUCUAGAAGUAAACAAUCAUAUCAUUGAAAUCUUGAAGCUAUGAGAUAAUCCAUGAUUAACUCAAACUCAGUUCAAUAAAUAAGGAUUACUUUUGACACAUGAACCUGAGUUCAGUUUUUAAGUAUAACCUUUCCUCUGAGAAAAAUGAAAAAUAAAGGGUUGUAUUGUAUGUAGUUAACAGAAGCUAUUAUUCAGAUGCACAUCUUUACUACAUCAUCAUCAUGUUUAUUCAGUUGUCCAUUGAAAGUAAAACAAGGAUUCUAUUUUAUAAGUUUAGCUAAAUUUACUCUGUAUUAAAGCUGACAGUGGCAGCGGCAGAAAGUCAACAGAA